CACACAACACCUCUUCUCCUCUCACCGCCAUUGCACCCCUCUCCCCCAUCGCCAUGCCCGACGACAACAAUCCCAUACCAUCUUCCUCGUCGUCUCCAUCCACUGUAACUAACUCCACCCGUCCCAAACAAUCCACAAGAACCUCAACCGGCACAGUCAGAGGAAGAACCUCGCCAGGGCUCGGAAGCGACAGCACCGGCGAUGUUCGUCCUCAGAAACGCGCUAGGAAAGCAAUAAAUUGUGAGCCCUGUAGGAACAGUAAACUCAAAUGCGAUAGGAACCGUCCUUGCUCGUCGUGUGUCCUUCGCGGCACUUCGGCUUUAUGUUACGCGGAUUCGCGCCCACCAGAAGGCGACGUUAUCGUCCGCGGAGAUGACCACCAUCACUAUAAUCGAGUGGACCCCGCUGCAGAGUUUGCUCGCCUUCGGCAUUCCUUGAACCUCCUUGAAUCCUACAUCUACCCCAACAACAAAAAUUCUCUUCAAUCCCUACCCCAUUCGACACCAAACCGUCACCGUCAAAGCACGAUUGACUCAGGAUUUUUGGCUCCCAAGAAGGAGCCAGUGGAUCUAGACAUGAACGAUAAAUCCAACAUCACUCCUGGGAUGCUUGGACCUCAAACGCAGGGAGGGUUGUAUGCAGGACCGACGUCUGUGCCUUCACAUUUCAUGUCGACUGAUCAGCCCCGCGGUUCUGAUGAAGACUCCGACAGCCGGCAAAGCCAAGAGCGAAUAGAGGACUUCCCUCAAAAUACAAGUGUUGAAUACGACAGAGAUCUAUUGGGCAUGCUUCCCUCUAUCGAUGUUAUUGACGGCCUUAUCAGCUACUACUUUGAAUAUUGCAACUGGAUAUACCGACACGUAAACCAGGUUGCCUUCACCCAAAACUGGGAACGUUUCAAGAGCGGUCAUUCUGCUGACCGGAUCACUCUCGCCACAGCUUGUACACUUAUGGCCAUAUCGACACAUUACCUACCUGUUCAGCACCCUUUGCUUGAAAGCUUCGCAGAGACCCAUGAGCAAUUGGGUGCAAAUUUCUACGAGGUGUCAGGCAUGUCGCUGUCCCGUCGCAUGGCAGAGAACAAGUCAUACAACCUUGACCUUGUCGAAUUGUUCCUUAUUCGAAAUCAUUAUAAUAUUCUCCUGAAGAGCGACAGUGAAGAGAUAUGGCACAUGAAGGGGGAACUGGUAACCGUUGGUACCGCAAUGGGUCUUCAUCGUGAUCCGGGGAAAUGGAGGAUGCAGCGAGACGUGGCCGAGCGGAGAAGAUGGGCGUGGUGGCAUAUUAUUCUGAUGGAACGAUGGCAGGCCUUUAUGUUUGGGAGGCCAUUGUGUAUUGCUUCCCAUCAUUUCGACACCCAACUUCCUUCGUAUUGCGAUCCCGCGAUUGAUAAAACAGGACGGCUUUAUCUCCCGAAUAUCGCACUGUUCCGAUUAGCUUUCAUUUUAGGCGACAUUGUGGACGAUGCUGUUUCUGUCCGGCCCGUGCCGUACGAGAGCGUUAAAGCCAAUGAUCGUGCGCUAACGGAGUGGAUGGAUAACCUCCCGGCCGAACUGGAUCUUGACGAGUAUCGAGUUGCUCGAAAUCUUGCUUCAUCAAAUGCAAACCUGCGACGUCUUGGUGUCCAGAGCGUUAUCAUACGCACUUCCUAUCAUCACAUUAGGUUCACUCUACACCGUCCAUAUGCGAGUGCUCCUAGUUCAGGGCCUAGUGUCAACGGAAGCUCGAAACCGUUAGGAGGUCCCGAUUCGUCGAAAAUGGCGCAGUCUCUCGAGAUUGCUGUGAGCUCCGCAGACAAGUUGAUUACAAUGGUCAGUCAAGCUAGACCCGACUUCCUUGCCAAUUCGUCUCUCGCUGUACCAGGUCACAUGAGUUGGGGUCCAUGGCACUGUUUCUCUGCUAGCAUGUUCUUCUCUUUCCAACUGAUUGCGAACCCGGACCAACCUGGUGCCGGAUUGUUCCGCGCCUCGAUCAAGAAAGCGUUGACGACGCUGGAGCAAUCCCGGGGCAUUCCUGUAGCAGACAAAGCGCUGGAUAUCCUUCUAGCACUCGCUCCGCUCUAUUCGGCAGAGUCCCAGAUGAAGCCUCAAGAGGAGAGAGACAAAGAAAGGGCUAGAUGCCUGAGUGUUGUCCGGAAGCUGGCCUUCCCCUACCACGACUCGCAUGAUCCCCGGAAUCGGUUAGGCAACUCGGAUUCCCCGAGUGGUUUUGGUAGCAGGAUAGGAUCGCUUCUCUCUAGCUCACCCGCUAACUCGAGCUCGGUCAGUCCGCCUAUGGGCCAAAUGAUGCCUCACACGCAUACAUACGAUUCGUUACCAACGCAUGCGAUGUCUUCAAUGAGGACAUCGCCCUCAGUCUAUAACCAGAACGGUACCUCGACUGCAUCAUCUGGUCAAACCCAAUCGCCACAUAGUAUGCAACCGUUACCGUUGUCGUCGCCAACAGGUGCUCACCACGGUUUGGUGACCUCUUCCCCGACUUCGGCGGCCUAUGGACACACAAAUCCAGGAGGCUUCCCUAUGGGACCAACCCAGGGUACACCCUCUCAUGUUCAGAUCUAUGGUGUGAGCCAGUACCCGGUGGACAGUAAUGCUAUGGAAUCAAUGUGGGGGGCUUCGCUCGGUUUUGGUCAUACUGAGUGGGCACAAUUUCUGGAUGGUACGGUCACGAAGGGCGGUGUACAAACUGCCAUAUAUUAA